CUGUGGGAGAAACUGCAAAUGAUUGACUUGCAGGGUUGUAGAUGUCAUCCUUUUGUCCUGUGUUAUCAGGUGCGUGUUGUCCUUUGUCCUCCAGAUCGUCAUCAUCGUUAUCAUUUCGUUCAUCAUCAUCUUCAUCAUCUUCGUCGUCGUUUUCAUCUUCUUGGGAGCAGGUCUUGUAUGGCGUUCCUGGGUUUAAGCCCUCUACCCUACUUCUAUUCAAAACUGAGCUUCUUGUCAUAUCAUCUCAUAACCAUGCUCGACCAGCCUUGUCACUUAUUCAUGUCUGUGAUGAGAGAGUGCUGGCUUCUUCAAGAGCAAGUAACAUUGGAGUUCUUUUUGAUGAAUCUCUAAAUAUGGCUCUUCAAGUUUGCCCUCAAGCUCCUCAAGUUUGCUCCUCAAGCUCCUCAAUUUGCAAAUCGGCAUUCUAUCAUCUUCGUAAACUUAGUAUCAUUCGAAGAUAUCUCACCGCUAAUGCAGCUCAGCUUCUUCAUGUUCAUGCCCUAGUCACAUCAAAACUUGAUAACUGCAACUCGCUAUUAUGUGGUUUACCUAAGUAUCUGAUUAAACAGCUUCAGCGUGUUCAGAAUGCAGCUGCUCGUGUUCAUACUUGGGAGUUGAUCUGUGACAGAAAUCAUCUCAAAGCGUUGACUCAAGCAGCAUACUUGGCAGGACUUCUUAUUGGUUCUUAUGCGUUUAGCAGCAUAUCUGACCUUUUGGGACGAAGGAUCGCUGUUUUCCUCAGUAUCGCCUUCUUGGCAGUGUGUGGCGCCGUCUCUGCAGUUGCAGACUGCCUCUCUCUUUUCGCCUUGUUCCGUGUCGGUGCAGGAGCCGCCGCUGCUGGAUGUCUACUCUCUCGCUUCGUUUACUGCGUGGAGCUGUCAGUUACGUCAAACAGGACUGCUGCGGGGUUUGUCAGCAACAUCUUCAUGACUGUGGGUUACGCUAUUUUAUCUUUACUGGCCUACUUCAUCAGAGACUGGAGACAUCUGAUGCUUGCAGUCUCGGUACCAGGCGUUUCAUUGCUCUUUUUCUGGUGGUGGAUUCCGGAGUCUCCGCGCUGGCUUGUUGCUAACAAUCGUCUAGAUGAGGCUCAUGGCUUGCUCAUGAAGUACGCCGCCAAAAAUGCCGUCAUUGUUGACCCUAAACAGUUGAGGCACGUGAUCUCGGAAGUAAGGAAGGCUGACGUCAGGAAAAAUGACACUCGGAAAUACGGGACUUUCGAUUUGUUUAGGACACCAAAGCUGAGAAAGAGAAUUAUUAUCUGCUGUUUUAAUUGGUUUGUAAAUGCUCUGGUGUACUUUGGAAUAAGUUUGAACGUGAAGAAUCUCGCCGGAGACAUGUACCUUAACUUCUUCAUCUUGAUUAUCAUCGAGUUACCCAGUGCAUUGUUGGCGUGGUUUUGUCUUCAGAGGUUCGGUCGCCGCAUUCCUUAUUGUGCCUUCAUGUUGAUUGGUGGAAUUGCCGGCAUGCUGGUGUUAGCUGUUCCAAGCAAAGCGGGCUACCAAGCAGUGAUCACAACUUUGGCCAUGAUCGGAAAGUUCUGUAUCUUAUCCACUUUUCUGACCAUCUACGUUUUCACUGCCGAACUUUUCCCGACCGUCAUCAGGAACACUGCUGUGGGUGUCUCCUCUAUGAUGGCCCGUAUUGGAGCAAUAUUGGCACCUUACAUAGUUCUACUGGCGGACCUUCCAAAUCUUAAUAGAACGCUUCCGCUGGUCAUCUUUGGAGUACUUGGAGUAACCGCUGGUAUAGUGGGUUUAUGGCUGCCAGAGACGCUAUUCAGUCCCAUGCCCCAAACCGUGGAACAGGCCGAAGCCUGGGCUGAGGACUAUAAGCUUUAUUGCUGCAAGAAGCCUGGGUCUAAGAAAUCAAAUGAAGGGCCGAAAAAAGUCAACAAUGGAAAAGAGGAAGCACAGAAUCUUUGCAAUAUUGAAAGUCAGGUGUAGUGCUAAAGUACAGAACGUAGUUUUCUUUUAAAGAAGUGUCUAUGAUAUUUUGGAACAUGCAAAAUUACGUAUGUAUAAAGGUAAAACCACAAAUUUCUUCUUUGUUAAAGUAAAAAAACUCAAAACUGGGAGAAAUAAACGGUAAAGGAUCGGUCUUCUUCAAAUUGAA